UACGCCCACCCCCUUUCGAAGGAACACGCUUCCUCCUGACGUUCCGUGUGCUGUUUAUGUUUAAUGGCUAUGGUUUCCCAAACAGAAGAACUUCUGCAGCCUGUCUUAAUUAUCCGCUAAUGACACAAUGAGGAGGAGGGCACGAUGUGCUCCGCUUUGUUAUUACGUCGCAUUCGCUCGCGAGCCGCGUCGCUGACCUGAGGACGUCACAAGAAAACAGUCUCAAUCAUUUCUAACUGACGUUAACGUUAUACAAACCUCACACUUGACAACUAAAGUCGCCCCACACGGUGACAGGGUGGUAAUCUUUCGGGUUUAAGAGUGGUGUUUUUCUCUUCGAGAUGGCUGGAGGCAUUACAGAAACAGGGGAGCCUUACUCACCAUUUGUUGGCCUGGUGUACAUGUUCAAUCUGAUCGUUGGCACUGGUGCCCUGACCAUGCCCAAGGCCUUUGCAGCAGCUGGAUGGGUUGUCAGCGUCUCCCUCAUCACAUUUUUGGCUUUUAUGAGUUUCAUGACCACCACAUUUGUGAUUGAAGCCAUGGCCGCUGCCAAUGCCCAGCUUCGCUGGAAGAGGAGAGAACAGGAAGAGGUUAAUGACAGCGGCUCCAGCUCGGACUAUUCAGAUGAUGAUGAUGUUAUCCGGGGACGUUACGAACCUGUCGAGACGCGGCCCAUUCUCUCUGUCCAGCGUGCUGCGAAUAUAGACCACUUUGACAUUGUCGAGAGAGUCGAGAUGGGACAAAUGGCCUCCAUGUUUUUUAAUAAAGUUGGCAUCAACAUGUUCUACAUCUGCAUCAUCGUGUACCUGUACGGAGACCUGGCCAUUUAUGCCGCUGCUGUACCUGUAUCACUGAUGGAAGUCACAUGUGGGAAUCACUCGUGCAGUGCUGGGAGAGUGAAAUACAACGACACCGAUUCGUGCUGGGGCCCUGUAAGACGCAAAGAUGCCUACAGAGUGUUUCUGGCAAUCUUCACACUGUUUUUGGGGCCCUUCACCUUUUUCAAUGCGCAGAAGACCAAAUACCUCCAGAUCCUUACCUCACUAAUGAGAUGGAUUGCGUUCACCAUGAUGAUCAUCCUGGCUUUGAUUCGUAUUGGCACGGGCCACAGUGAGGGCCACCCAUCUGUGGCUCAGAUCUCAGGUGUGCCCAACCUCUUCGGGGUCUGCGUCUACUCGUUCAUGUGCCAGCACUCGCUGCCCUCGCUCGUGACGCCCAUCUCCAACAAGCAGCGCAUGAGCACCCUGGUCAUGGCCGACUACAUCCUCAUCCUGUGCUUCUACAGCCUGCUGUCCCUCACGGCCAUAUUCUGCUUCGAUAGUUCUCUGCUGCGGGACAUGUACACUUUAAACUUCACAGAUAACUGUGACGUCCUGAGCAUUCCAGUGUUGCGCUACUUCCUGGGUCUCUUUCCCGUUUUUACCAUUAGCACCAACUUUCCCAUAAUAGCCGUCACGCUACGCAACAACUGGAAGACUCUCUUCCAUCGGGACGGCGGCACGUACCCUUGGGUGGUGGACCGCAUCGUCUUCCCGCUCAUUACUCUAGUGCCGCCCAUUAUCGUGGCCUUCUGUACUCACGAUCUAGAGGCGCUUGUGGGUAUCACAGGGGCGUAUGCUGGAACGGGCAUUCAGUAUAUAAUCCCGGCCUUCCUAGUAUAUUUUAGUCGUCGUCAUCUAGAGCCCGUGUUGGGAAGGGAUGCUGUAAAUAAACAUCGGUCACCUUUCCAUCAUACGUUCUGGGUUUGGUUCGUGAUAUUGUGGGCAACGUUCUGUCUAAUGUUUGUGACGGCUAAUAUUGUCCUUACCGAUGCAAAGAACUGAGCGUAUCGGCUGACUUUUGUCGUGUUUUUGUUUUCAUUUUUGAAGGGUGUUUGUUUGUUAGGUUUCAUGUUAAAAGAAUGGCAGUAGCUGAUGUUUAAUUCAGUGUUUAAAAGGGACCAAAAGACGUUUCGGCAUUUGGAUUUUUGACUUUUCACACAAAUCCACUAUCCUUCAGUGGAUGUUCUGUAAGGCAGGGAUCAUUUGAAAAAAAGCUUUAUUUAAAAACCAUAUAUGAUGUGCUCAUUCAAAAUGUCACUCGAUGUGUAUGUUCUUGAGUUAUUAUUGAUUUUCCUCUUAGUUUCGGUAAAUCUCUUUAAAACAUGAUCGAGUCGCGCUCCACCCCAAAAGCAAAGAAAAUGUAUAAAUAAUAAUAAAUACUAAUAAAUAAAAUCAUACGCAUAGGAAUGAAAUUUUUUUUGCAUGUCUGAUGUUAUUUACAAGACAGUUUAGCACAUUUACCCCAAAAUUCUAUUUUGAAUAAUGCUUAUCAUUUUUGUAAUGCAGUAAAAAAUAUAUUAUAUUAUGUAUUUAUAAUUGUUUUGCAUUUUAACAAUGAAAACUGGUGGGAAGUUGUGGUUUAAUUGUCUUUUUGAAUUGUAGUGUUCUUAAGUGUUUAUACAUAAUUGAAUUCCUUAUCUAAAUCUUUUUGAUUUUGGGGUGAAAUGUGGCCUUCACAUUUUCUUGACUGAUUUAAUUUUACCGUCUGAUUUCACUCAUCUUCAGAAGAAACAACAAGCUGGUGUGUCUUUGUUCUUUUGGACUGGAAAAAGUCAGCCCUCCAAAAAAAAGUACACCAAAAAUAUUCCUAAUAUUCAUCAUCAAAGACAAACAGACUGACAAUAAGCGUUCCUUGUUUUCAUCUUCCAAGAUUGUUAGCGAAUCACAGCUGGCAUUUCCGGCGUUCCUAACCUCGCUGUGUCUCCUGCGCUGACGGAUGGUGACACCAGUGUAACGCUUGUCUGAAUAAUGUGCUCAGACCUGGAGUUCAACCUCAGUUCAUCAGCAGAUUGAUCAAGGCAUUGAAAGCUUCCCUAUGUUCUCCAUGUAGUGACGUCCUCCCAGAAGCUCUAGGCUUCUCAAACAGACCCUUAGGGAGGCAGGAAGGGAAGACGAAACAGAUAUUAAAUGGACACGUCUGCCUCAUGAUCUACAGAGACUGAAAUUUAUCAUGAUCGUUAUGGAGCACCUCUUUGUGCCAGAGAGAACACAUUCACAGUUAUUAAUGUUAUUAAUGUCACUUUAGUUCUGACGAAGUUGUCUUGAGUUUGGCUUUAAAUCAUACCAAAUGUAUGGCAGCUGAUUCCUGCAGUUCGCUUUGCACAUUUUUGGUUCCUUUUGCUCCUUAGAGGGAUAGUUUACACAAACGCAUUCACCCCCUGCUCGUGUCAUUGCAGACAGUUCGACUUUUUCUUUUUUGACCAUAUGAUGAAAGUCAGUGGGGUCUAGUGUUAUUUUGGACCCCAUUGACUUUGAUCAUAUGGCCAAAAAGAGAGAAAUUAAAAUCAGUGCGGUCCAAAAUAGCAUAAAAGGCUGAGUAAACAAUGGCAAAAUACAAUUUUAGCUGAACUAUUCAUUUAAUUUCUCUAAAGAUUUUCUAUUUGUGGGUGUGUAUUCUCCAUCCACCUCAGGUUUUGGUUGGCGACAUGAAUCUGUCCCAGACUUAUUAGUUUGACACGCCUCUCUUCUCUCUUCUUUUUUUUUCUCCUGUGUUGUCAGUGGUUGAUUGGUUUGAUCUGUGACGUGUUUGAUGCUGUAAACUGAUCGCUGCUCUCUGUGAGAGCGCUGUCUCCUGAUCCAAGAGAACUGUAUCUGAACCUGCGCUUGAGUUUCAGCUGAAGGUUUAGGUUCAAACUGCUGUUGAUUUAAAGGGAAAUACAUCUGUAGGAUUGUGUUUAUGGACAGAAUGUAUGUCUUCUUAUUCAGUUCGUUCUGUGAUGUGCUCCACAAACAAACUGUAAGAACUCAUUUAUGUCUCUCUAAAGCACAAAAACAAGUCAUUUCACAUGGGUGAAAUGUUAUAAUGCUACCAAAUGCUCAUGUAAUAUGUCCAUGAACGAAACAAAUGUGCCUUCUUUCCACCGAUGCUUUCACCAAUCUUUCUAGCUGUGAAAUGUUUUUUUCUUGAGUGUAUGUCCUGUGCAGCCUGUCACUUGCAUGUAAGUCACUUCAAAUACUUGACAAUCACAUCCACCGAUGUCGCGUUAAAAUAAAAAUGGAUGUGCUCUUUUUGAUCUCUGUGAUUGACUCGAGCAUUUUUUUAUUCCAUGGUGUGUGUCACUAAAUAAAUCAAUAAAAUACUAAAUAAAUUUAAA